AUGGGAUUAUUUACCUAUGAACAUUUAAUUACUUGUCCCAUUUGUGGAGGAAGUGGAAAUGAAAUCACAGAAAAAUGUGAGAAAUGUAAUGGUAGUGGAAGAGUGUCUGAAACCACCGAAUUUAAUAUUACCAUUCCUAAAGGUAGUAAAACGGGGGAUAUUCUCAAAAUAAAAAAUAUGGGUGAAAUGGGUAGUACGCUUCUUUUAUUAUUAACUGUUAAUGACGAAGAGAAGAACUUUAAACGUCAAGGCGAUGACUUAUUAACUAACCUAACAAUUACUUUGAAAGAUGCACUCUUAGGAUUUAAAAAACAAAUCCCCCACUUAGAUGGUCAUCAAAUAUCCAUUGAACAAAACGGAGUCACAAGUGAUGGUCAAAUUAUUCGAAUCAAAGGUGAAGGGAUGAAAAAGAACUUUUUAUUUAAUGGGGAUUGUUUAAUUUCUAUCCACGUUGAUAUGCAUUCAAUAUCUCCUGAUCAAGCACUGAAAAUAGCUAAAGUAUUAAAUCAAACUAAUUAA